CAACAGAGUCUAUGCAUACCGUGUUCAAUGACAAGCAACAAUCUACAGGUGCCUAGGCACUCAGAACUCUUCAGCUAUGUUUGUAGCUCUAUUCAAGACGAGGAAAUAUUUCACUUCAUGGGCUUUGAGCUCCUCCACCGUCUCAACAUCGUCCAGCUCCAAAAUGAGUUGAUUUCCAUCAAGGAGGAUGUCCUCCGGACCCGGGGAGCCGCAGUCGACACAGAAAGGCUCAAAAAGUUAUUAAAUGAUUACACCACCGCAGUUCAAAACUACAAUUAUGUGCAUUUGCAACGUCGGCUGGACCACCACACAGCGGAACGCCGGAAGCAGCGACUCAAGCGGAACUUCAUCUCCAUGACAACAUCGUAUCGGCAUUCACGACCAUUUGAAACACACUACUAUUACCUCCACAGCAAUGCCCACCCUACGCCCGAUGUCCUGCGCGACAAACUCCGCCGCUGGCUUCCAAGCCGGCUAUCAUAUUCAGCGCAAGAGCGCCUUCACCGCAACAAGGAGUACGAAGAGGGACAGCCGCCAAUCGAGAUAUCGCCCUUUGUAGACAAGAUUGUACGACUAUGCAUGGCCAUCCUGGCAAUCUUGAUUCUCGUCCUACCCAUGUGUUUCAUGAGCUUGUGGCCGUCCAAGACGAACAACCUUAUCACAGCAGCUUUGUUCAUGGUCAUGUUCGCAUGCGGGAUGUCAUUUGGCAUAAAAGGGACCAAUGUGGAGACCCUGGUUGCAACGGCCACCUAUUCAGCUGUCCUUGUUGUGUUCGUUGGCACAAACUCUUAAUUCCUCUAGCAAGGAAGAAAGGAAUAACAAGCACACCCUGAUAUGCAUCGAGUUCGUAAAGGCCACCUAUAUAUCAAAGAACUCUAGUCCUCGCUCAUAUAACCGAAGAGAGUAGGUGUCAGGGGACCCGAUGGGACCAGAGAGGAGGAUGUUGUGAUGGUACAAGAGCACGAACGAGGUCGGGUACGACUUGGGUAACUUCUACACGGUAAGAGAAGCUUCUCACCACUAAGAAGGCGGCGGAGGAGUGGAAAGAAUGUAUCAUAGCGUGAUGGGCGGGGACACAGUUUGUGGGAACGAUUAAGGGUUGGGGAAGCGGAUCUACGUCCACCAUCGGAUACGGC